UUUCUUACGAAUACAUGGCCAUUUUAUGACAGUAGUAAUUGGCAGAGAACAAUGUGCAAUUUCGAAAGAAAAACAAUUAAUAUUCAGCCGAUGUUACUUUCAGAGUUGGGAAGUUUUUUUUUAUCUGCAAACCGAUUUGUUUGAAUGUUGGGAAACCGCUACAAAAGGGCCGCAUCUAACCAUCGAGGCGCGUAGUUCGAAAUCCGUGGGCGGUUACUCUCUAAGUGAAUUUUCUUGAUUCUGAUAUGAGCGAUAGAAGGAGUCGUAAUGCACCUCGUGGAAUGAGUGAUGAUAGAGUUAGAGGAGUAGUUAAGUGGUUUAACGUUAAAGCUGGCUACGGCUUCAUAACACGGGCUGACACAUCAACUGACAUCUUUGUUCAUCAGACAGCGAUUUCGCGAAAUAACCCUGGAAAGAUGCAGCGAUCAUUACAAGAAAAUGAGGAAGUUGAAUUUUUUGUGGUUGAAGGCGAUAAAGGAGUAGAAGCAUCAGAUGUUACUGGUCCCGAUAGAAAACCGGUUAAGGGGAGUGACUACGCAGUCAAUCGUCCAUUCGGACGCAGUCCCAGAGAAUUUGGCAUGCGAAGUGAUAGGGAUGAUUCUAAUGGCUACAGAAGCAACGGUUUUGGAAAUUACCGUUCCAGAGGCCAAGGUCGCAACGGAACAAAGGUAAAUGAAGUUAAUAUGCAUAUGAUUCAGUUCUUACCCACUGUACAACUUGUUGAUUUUGUCGUUACUUCUUUGUUUUUAAAAUAGCAACUGUCGUAAGAAACUAAUCAGACUACCUGUCCUGCGCUUCGAAUCAGUCACUUGAUUUAUCUCGUAUCCUGCUCAUCUGUUACAGGUCUUCAGUAGAUAAGUUUAUUGAAGUCCAUUAACAAGUCAAAGCAUGAAGUGUCAGAUAGUUGACUUAUUGCGUAUCUAGUCAUACCAGUAUUUACAGCUUCUACAUCAGUCCCUGCUUGUGUUUCCCCAGUGAUAUUUUGAGAUGUGUUACGACGUAGGUGUAAUGAAUUUCAGAAGGUCACUGAGCUGUGUAUCAACAGGAUUAGGUGUGAGGCCAUUAUUGAUGGUUUGUGCAGCCACAUCACAUUAUCUGCCUCAGGGUAUGCGUAGACUUUUUCGAAUUCUGUGAAACCUACCUCGAUGUAGAUAACUUAGUUCUUGGAGAAAAAAAUUACUCACUACCCCGUGUUAUCUCCUUUUUAGUGGCGGGAACAACACGUUGUAGACUUCUAAAUGUCUGAUGGUAAGUAUUUGAAGAUAGCAAUUAUCUGUUGCACACCUAGUGAUUAUCUCGAUUGAAAUAUGUUAACUCAGGUUCUGUGGGUAUGAAGACUUACAAAAUAAUGCCAAUUUGCGAAACGGCAGUCAAUCAAAUCUGCUCGAAUAUGCUCACGCAACUACUGUGUGUGUUAUUCGGGAGAGAAAAAGGAUGGUCAUCUGCCGACAAGAAGUUAAGCUACCUUUUGAAACUGCCAAAUGGAAGCAACUUCGGUCUACAAAACAACUGGAGCAGAAUCAUGGUGCUAUCCACUCCAGGCAAUAUCUUGAGGCUCAUUACCUAGUACCGGUUCAAAAUUUCACUGAACGGAAGGCUUCACUGGGAACUGAUUGCUUUCAGGCAAAACAAUCCAUCUACUAGUCAAAUUACCAUGCUUUGUAGCAUAAUCAACAAAGUUUGGAAGGGUGUCGCCUACAUAUCUCAACUCCAUUGACUUUGGAAAGCUUUCAAUAGCAUCAACUGUAAAAACAUUAUGCAACUGUUUCAACACUAUGGAGUACUGUGCUAGUUACCUUUAUGAGCCUUGUUACAUAGUCUUACGUGUCAAGCGCUUAAAUGAAGAUUGUCGCAGUCUAGACAUCAAACAGGUCCUCGACUGGGACACGAAUAUGAAGCGUUGUGACUGUCUAUCUGCGGCUUACAUGAAGAUCGUAUGAGGUGGGAAUGAAAGUUUGAGGGCAGUCGUCGAGUCAGUUGAAAGUGGCAGAUUAUUAUGUGCAGUGAAGGACGGUUCUGCGUUACUCUCGUAACGUAAAGAAUAAUUAAUAAUGACUUAGAUCAUGUAACAGCUCGUAAAAUGCUUAUAUCGUAAGGGCGUUCAACUGUUUUUUAAUGUCAGACUUAGAUAACAUAAAGAUGACUUUUUUGGUAGUGUGAAUGUAUUGGUACUCUUACAAUUUUUUCCCUUGGCUGCAAAAGUUAUCUUCAUAAAACUGCAUAAUUUUGUUAGCUGUACUCUUAUCUUACAAGUAUUGCAUUUGGUAUGUGAUUCAAAAGUGUGUCCCCAAUCUGUUAACAGCAAAAUACGAGCUAUCUUAACUAAACAGCUGAAUCACCUAUACAUAGUGCUCAGCUUAUGAGUUGUAGUCGGUCAAAUAGCUACCUCAAUGUAAGCGCCCUAUCCAUCCUCAAGAAGUAUUCUAGCUCCAUGGCAAAUCUGCUAGAAGAAGCGGUAGUGGUCGAUAUAUAGAGAUGAUGAACUCUUGGUUUUGUGUUAUCCGAUCUAAUGGCUAGAAAAGACUGACUGACUGUACUGCGGGGGUAGGAUGAUGAGGGUUAAUGAGAAGGCUUCGUGUGCCUUAUGGAAGUGUGCGUGCGUGGUUAUUACUUCCCUGCUGCCGGCACCGUGAAAGUUGAUUGAUUCUUCAGGUCUCUGAAAUAGAAAGAGAAAAAAAGACUUCGCAGGCAUUAGCACUGAUAUCUAAAGGUGGUUAAAAAAAUGUCGAAAGCAAGUAAAGGAAAUUAAGCAGAGCAACUACUGUUGAAUAGUAGUUUAUUCGGUAUAACUAUUAUGAUGACUUUCAAUAGAAAGUGGAAGAUCUUUUCUUACUGAGGAGUAGGAAAUGUUGCGGACACUUACAGGAAUGUGUGUAAGCAACCACAAAGCCGUGUACGUUAUUAGUGAGGAGUAUUGUGGAGAGUCCAACCGCUAUUUCAGCUUCUAGUAUUUCGAAAACCUUAACCUGCCUGCCUGUCUAUCUACACACAAGAUUAUGCCCGUUUUUUCCCUAUCCACAUUACUUCCUAUAUAUAAUUCAACUAACUCGUAGCUAUGAUAGGCGCUUUAUCUGACUAAAACGAUGUACACAUAGAUCUUUUCAGUUUCUCACAUUUCUCUAUGUACAAAAAAAAUUCGUUUCAUAAAUAUGCAAACGUAGUCAAAGUCAAAAAGUAUUUGUAAAUUCAAGGGGAUGUGUACUACUAGAAAUGUUGUAUUACAAGAGACAAUUUACAACCAUUUGAACCCUCCCCUCUUCCCCUAAAAUAAAAACUAUUCAUUUUUAUAGUGAAGUAAUUAUGGUAGUAUUCAACUUAGUCAUUAAAAGUACACUGCGUAUUCACUGUAUCAAUAUCAAGCUUGAAUGUGAUUUGAGGCUGUAUAAGUCCACUAGCUCCAACUUAAAUUAUCUCGAGAGUGAAACGAACCACCAACAGAAACUGAUAACAAGGGUUGCAGAUCUUAAGCAUAAUAUUAUGAAAUAAUUAAUUAGGUGUCGGGAUACUUGUGAUCGCUGUAUAUUCAAUUGUUCUCCUUAGUUUGUAAGAAUAUGAAGAAGCUUGGCGGUCUCAGAGCUCAUGGUCAUCCAGAUAAAUAGGUGAAAUCUAAGGUCCACACGAGGAUUCGUUUCCCUCCUAAAUUCACAGUGGUUAGCUGGCAUCUGAUACCAACCUGCUUCCGUGCGGAAACGGACUUCGUGAGGUGUGCUGAAAGCUGAGGAGUACUGUUUUUUAGUCAUACUGGCGGGGUGACACUGUGAUGCCUAUUGACAAUAACCAGUAUCACGGUUCCCUCAUAGUUUUAUCAUGUAAAUUAGUGUUUGACUUGAGCACUUCUUGAAUUACUGUGGAACAACAAAAGCCGAAUUGUUUGCUAGGGGAACUCACGCAGUAUAUUUCUUUCACUAUUUAAAAAAGCAUCCUUCUCAACGUUUAAUGAUGAAGUAACAGAACAAUUAUCUUGAUACUUGUCAUAUUGAGUAAUCAUAGCGAAAGGUAAUGUGUUUCUCUGUUAAUAUACGAGGGUCGUGAUUUGCGCAGGAGUUAGACUUAACUACGGAAAUGUGUUUUUUCAGCCAUGCUCGUCUGCGCAUAAACUUGAUUUUAUGGGGGAGGCUGCGUGGCAUUUAUUACUCCGCUGACUCUCACACUACGUGAGAGUGGGUCUAACACUUCAUACGCACGUCUCAUCACCUCUUGCAAAAUAAAACGCUGACGUAACUGACACAUUAUUCUGAUGGUUUUUCGCAUUUGGUCAAAAGAGAAGCAGAUUUUGUCGAUGAUGUUUUUUCAUCACGAUAAGUAUUUAAUAAUUUAGUAAUUCCUAUUAUAGCAUUAGAAACAAUGUACGGCGAAGAGACUUUUGAAAUCUAUUAGCAAAAAAUUUUCGUUAACGAUUUAAAAUUGUCCUUUAUGUCAAAGAAUUAUUCACAAUCAAGUUUUUGAAAAUCUGUGAUUCUCACAAUAUUCAGUUUCCAAAUAGCAUGCCUAUACCUGCUUUUAUGCUUGACUUAGUUCGUACCGCUUUCGGUCAUUUUUUCAUAUGUCAGUGCCUAUGUUCGAUGUUAGACUGCUACUUCUGAACAUGUGCAAUUACAUUUGCAACUUCAUAUUCUCCGUUAUCAACUUUGCAUUCAAAGAAUCGUUUAAUUUUUUUUAAAUGUUUCUCUUGUUAGAUGGAUGGUGGUGGUGAUUACUCACGGAGAUUUGCAGACAGAAAUCCACGUGAUCGUAGCAGGGGAUACGGAUCAAAAGACAAUGGAGGCUAUUAUUCAAGCCCAUACUAACUUCAAUUAUUGUUGUACAUAUUGCAUUUUAAUGCCAAAUUUGUACAUUUUUUCUUCUCGUAAUGUCUUCUUCUAGUUAAAAGUCUAUGCUUUUUUUCUGUUGACAUGACGAUCUCUGCAUUUAUAUAUAUUCAAAUAAACGCAUGCAAAUUCUAGCUAUGAAGCCUGUCAGUAGUUGAACACUGUCCGAAAGUUAAUUCGUACAUUGCUUUAAGGAGUAUAAGCCAAUAGAGAUAGAUAGUGCCUUAGAUGCAAAGAUUUCGUCCAGCAGUUGUUGAAUUGAUAUCAGUUAACUUAACGGCAGUAGCUAGCAAGAUUUGAGGUAACCAGGAAUCCCUACUAAGUAUCGGUAUGUAUCCUGG